ACCCAUCUGAUUAUUACCACAAGCCCCAAAAGAUAGAUAGGGAGAGAGAGAAAAAGUAAGUGUGUGUCAGAGACAGAGGGUCAGCCUAAGAUAAACAGAGAGAGAGAGAGAGAGAGAGAGAGAGAGAGAGAGACACACAGUUAGUUAAUCUUGGCAUGCCUGCAUACUCCACCAACAUGAGGCUUAAGUUUCCCAUCCUGGCUCUGACUCUGGAGAUCAUCACCAUCAUCCUGUUUGCUGUGUUUGUGGACUACGAUGAUGGGAAACACGGGGGGCACGGAGCCCACAACACCACACACCAUGAGGAGAAGACGGAACAGGAUUCUCUGACCCUUUAUCCCAUGUUCCAGGAUGUCCACGUUAUGAUCUUCAUUGGCUUUGGCUUCCUGAUGACCUUUCUGAAGAGAUAUGGCUUCAGCAGCGUGGGCCUCAACCUGCUCCUGGCCGCCUUCGCUCUGCAGUGGGGUCUAAUCAUGCAAGGCCUCUGGCACCUGGAAGACGGCAAGAUCAAAGUCUCCAUCUUCAAGAUGAUCAACGCAGAUUUCAGCACAGCCACCGUUCUGAUCUCGUUCGGGGCAGUGCUGGGUAAAACCAGUCCCGUCCAGCUCCUCAUCAUGACCAUCCUGGAGAUCACCAUCUUCGGCAUCAACGAACAUCUGGUGGCCGAAAUCCUGGGGGCCAAUGAUGUUGGGGCCUCCAUGAUUAUCCAUGCCUUUGGGGCGUACUUCGGUCUUGCAGUGGCCCGCAUGCUGUACCGGCCAGCUCUGAGGAACAGCCAUGAGAACGAUGGCUCUGUUUACCACUCUGACCUCUUCGCCAUGAUCGGUACAGUGUUCCUCUGGAUGUUCUGGCCCAGUUUCAACUCUGCCAUCGCUGAAUCUGGCACUGAUCAGCUCAUGGCGGUGACCAACACCUACUUCUCCCUGGCUGCCUGUGUACUCUCUGCCUACGCCGUCUCCAGCCUGGUGGAGCACAAAGGGAAACUGGACAUGGUCCACAUCCAGAAUGCCACUUUGGCCGGAGGUGUUGCUGUGGGAACCUGCGCUGACAUGGACAUCGGCCCUUUUGGUGCCAUGAUCAUCGGGUUCGUGGCUGGCAUCAUCUCCACCCUGGGCUUCAAGUUCCUCACUCCAAUCCUGGCAUCCAACCUGGGCAUCCAGGACACCUGUGGUGUCCACAAUCUGCACGGCAUGCCUGGCAUCCUCGGGGGUAUCGCUGGCAUUGUGGCUGUCGCUCUGGGCAAGAAGAACGGGAGUGCUGCCAUGCAGGGUGCAGCCCUGGCCUCAUCCCUUGGGUUUGCUUUGGUUGGAGGAACUAUUACAGGUCUGAUAAUGAAGCUUUCAUUCUGGGGACAGCCUCCAGAUCAGAACUGCUUUGAUGAUUCCAUUUAUUGGGAGGUUCCUGAGGAGGAGGAGGAGGAGGAGGGCGAGGAGAGCCUGGCUCACAGAGACCAAAAAGCAGAGGCGUAAAGCUCCCACUCUUUGCUGCACAUUGACGACCUACAACCCUCUAAGCUAGAGAUGGGAAAGUGAGGAAUUAUGAACCACACAUUAGACAUUGGGUGUACUGUAUCUCAAUAGUCUUAACUGGCUUCCUCUCCUUGUCACCUCUCCUUCAUCUAAUUGGUAGAUCCCUACCAGGACUUCAUACGUCACCUGUGUAAUUUCUUGACCAUCAGUGCAGAGGACGUAAAGGAGAGAAGCUAUGUUGUACUAUUGAAUUCAACCCAGGAUGGCCAGUGCUGUGAAAUUGUCAGUUAUUUUCAACUACUGCAUAAAUAAUUGGAUUGAUAUGAGACAAAUUGAGAUCAUAUCGUGAUUCAUGCUACCUUAUUAAGAUAUCUCUAAAUCAACUCGAUCAGCAGGGAAAUGUUAUCCUGUGUUGCACUUUUCUGUGUAACCAAACUAGGUCCUCCUUGUCCAUAGAUUUGUACUAAAUAUUUUAAUCUUCAAUUGAAUAGAGUAGGUCCACUGAAGAGCAUUUGGGAAACAUGUCAUAGCUCAUUAUAAUUUCAACUAAAGUGUAAGAGGUGGGUGUGUUACAUAUAUAAAAAUGCAAUUGAGAUAAUAUUGUAAGGAUUUUCUUAUCUUAAACAAAUAAUGUUUACAGAAACUCAUUUCAAACAACAUGCUUGCAGUGCUUUGGAUGUGGUAGUCUGAAAAUGUAUUUAAAUGAAGCAGCAUUUUGAUAUAAAUGAUCCUGAAUAAGUUGCAUUGAAACAUUAACUGUUCUUUCACACAAUCGGAGGAAAGAUACUUUCAGGGAUUCUUUUUUACACUGAAUUUGACGACCACCGUUCUGAGCCAUUAGAAACUGUAUAGAAAUAGUAGAAACAGUAUAUCAAGCUGACAUUCAAUCAUAUCACCAAUUGUCUCACAUGUUUUAUGACACUAUCAAAAUGUUAACAGGCGUUUGUUUUGCCUCAUUAGUUAGGGCUAUACAUUGUAUAUUUUUCUCAACACGUCUUUUUAUGUCGCCAUCCAACUGACAUAGCCGAUAUUGUGUGCUAGGCCUUGUUUAAUGAAUAAAAUCAACUGCUACUUUA